GCGAGCGCUGCAGGCUGUCAGCCGCACGAUGAUCGCAGCUGAGCAGGCGACCGUCUGGGCUGACUCCGCCACGGCUAGCUCGGCCGAUCGUCAGCCAGUACCCUUCACGUGGUGCGCCAUGAUGCCUGUAGUUAUAGCGCUCAUAGUCAUCAGGACUGGAUCUGCUCUCGCAGAAAGGUACCUCCACGUCCAGCUGCCGGACAACAGGGAUCUGGUGAGCUGGCUCCAAAGACAGCGCAUAGAGCUGGAACAACUUCAAGCUGCGGCAGCGUGGAACAUACGCACCCAUUGCGUCGAUGAAAGUGACCCCAUCCACCGGUUGCUGAACACGUGGCCCCUCAACAUUCCGUACAGGGCAGCGCAACAGCUUGGAAUCAUUCCGGUGAGAGUUCAUAAGCAACCAUCAGAUACUGAAUCUACAAGUAUGCCUCCUCUGGAAGUUGUAAAGAGUUCCUCCGCAUCAGAUUUGCCGACCCUGACUGAAGAUGAGGAAAACACUGCACCCAGCUCCAGAGAGGUGACUCCUCCGCCAGAAGCUGUUGGGGAGAAAAGCAUGUACUUCAGUCCAGAAGGCGACAGGCAAACAGAGGAAAACAUGGAGCCAGAGGAGCCGCAGGACGACGAACAGGAACAGGAACAGGAAGAGGCGGAAGGCGAGAAAUCCCAAGAACAAAAGGCUGAAGAACUGCCGACGAUAACAGCGGAGGAAGCAGAACGGGCAGCGAGGACCGUCGUGCAGCCACAGCCAUCCGCCUCUGUCCUGUCUGCUGAGGAGGCGGAGAGGGCAGCCAUGGACGUGGUACCACCACUUCCCCCACCACAACCAGCAGUCCCAUCUGUGUCCUCAGAGCAACUGCUGGCAGCAGAGGGCGCCUCUCGCUCUGAACCUGGCACGAGCACGCGAGAGCUGAAGGCGAGCUCCAAAGCCCUGAAGUCGGCGUUCUUCCGCAAUUUGUUCUGA